GAGAGCGAGAGAGAGAGGGAGGAGGCAGAGGGAGCAAACAGAGAGCACCAAGUAACAGUGCCCAACCUGAGAGACAAAACGCAGAGGAAAAUCAGAAGAGCUGCAAACAGUUUAUUUUAUGGGUCUGCAGAGAACAAAAUAAUAACGUUGUCUAUCUUUUUUCUGUAACUAUCGACUGCUAUAACAAACAAUUACAGAAAUGGACCAAAAAAUUGCAGACUUCUCUGGGAUGUGGAAAAUGAAGACUUCUGAAAACUUUGAAGAACUACUGAAAGCGUUGGGUGUGAACGUGUUUGUCAGGAAGAUAGCCGUGGCUGCAGCCUCCAGACCUGCAGUAGAGAUCACCCAGCAGGGAGAGAGCCUCUCCAUCCAGACCUCCACCAGCAUACGCACCACCCAUGUCUCCUUCACCGUGGGCCAGUCCUUCAUUGAGGACACAGUGGACGGACGCCCCUGCACGAGUACCCCUCGCUGGGAGACAAAUAGCAAGAUCAGCUGUGAGCAGACUUUGCAGAAAGGGGAGGGCCCUAAGACUGCCUGGACCCGUGAAGUGACCAAUGAUGGUGAACUGAUUUUGACAAUGAGCGCUGGGGAUGUCGUGUGCACCAGAGUGUAUCAACGAGAAUGAAAUACUUUCAAGACUGUCAAACAUGUAAUUUUGUGUAACGUUUUUCAAAUAUUUUAUUUCUACCUGUUCCGUUUGCUUAUUUAAUCUUCCAGUCAUUCAGAUUGUGGUUAACAAGACGUCAGUUGUGUGUGUUUUGUCAGACAGAGUUUGACUGUUGUGAAAGCCUUGUGCCAGUUUAUUUUCCUGUAUAAUGUUCUCGUAUUAGCUUGUAAUGGUUUUGUAAUGUUAUCAUUGUUCCUCCACAACUAAAGCUGUAUUUAUUCUCAGUAUACCGCAUGAAAACCCUAUCUGUAUUUUUCUUCAAAAUGUCUUAUCAAAGCAACUGUAAACCAUCCUCAUCAAACAAACUGUGUUGUUAAAACAAUUAUAAAUUGAUCAUGUAUUUACAAAACCUGAUUUUAUUAGCUUUGUGAAACUGAUUUAAACCAAGACCUUGUCCAUCAUCGCUGUUCUGACUUUCUCGCUCCAUACUACCUCCUUCCUACUUCUCCUCUUCCCCUGCCUAAGAUCUUUGUAUGCAUCCCUCCCUUGUUUUUCCUCCCUCCCUGCAACUUGCCCUCUCCUUCUCUCCUCCACACCCUUUCCUCUCCAUCCUCCUCCUUGUCCUCUAUGUGCUCUCUUUCCUCAUCCCUCACCAUUUGUCCAUUUAGAAUUUUAAAACUCCCAAAGAGAAUCCAUAUUUUAUGUACACCACUGUGUCUGAAAGACAUUUGGCAAGAACAAGGGGAAAAACUGGGAGUGGUAGGGAAAGAGUGAGGGACCAUAAGAAAAUAAUUUCAUAUUGAGAACAGUACUAUUCCCUCCGCUUUCCUUCCCAGCUGUACCUAAUUACAGUAUGAGCUCACUAAAAGGUUCCCCACCCCCUCUUCCCUGGACUCGGCCCGCACCCAGUUACAAAGGCUAAAAUGACUGCCUCUGAUUUGUGUGCGGACACUUGUAGCUGCUCUCCCACUCACCUCUGAACUGGACAGCCAAAAUAAAAAAGUCACACCUACAUUAACACUCAUACUUGGGAGGACGGAUCAGUUGUUAGAAAAUAAUGGAUUGAAGAAUGGAUUGAACAUACCCCAGAAUCCAGCUUGCUGUGAAAUACAGUGCAGGGUCUCUCAUGCUCUUCCUGAGGAGAGAGAGCACUUACUCGAUCCAUAGGAAGUUUUGUUUUUUCCAGAUUAGCAGACGGUGUGCCAAGGGUCCCAAAUGGCAUCCUAUUGCCUUUAUAGGGCUCUGGUCAAAAGUAGUGCACUAUGUAGGGAAUAGAGUGCCAUUUUGGAUGCAACAAGCCUUCCGAGAUCCUCCUCAGGUUUACUCACUCUGUGCUGAGCCAGCAUCAGGCCUCCUGGGCCUCCUGGGCCUAAUUUCUCCAGACUGUGCUCUCUCAAUAAACUCACAGGGUAAGUUAGUGAGUGAAUGAAUGAAAGUGAGUGUGGGUUAUGUAACCUCAUGUGCAUAGCUCCCAUUUCACACAGAGUUCAGCCAAAAGUGUUCAUCCAUAUUGUAACUGUAUAUGUGUUUAUGUAUUUUUUUUAAACACAGUCCUUCUGCUCUGGUCUGAAAUUGAACUGAACUAUGGAAAAUCUGAGGAUGUUUGCUCAAUAAAGCUCCACAAGG